UGACCUAACUAGCAGCUAAACGACAGCAUAUCUCAGCCUCUGACAGUUCAAUUUUGGCCUUUCCUUCUUUAAAUAUCUAAAUCUUUAUGGAGAUGCAAAGCUAAAUAGUUACAGAACCCUUUUAACGCUGGAUUUAUGGUCUCACAACAGCAACUUUUUACUGAACUUCUUGUAGCAAGACUUCUUAAGGAGGCCUCACAGGACUUCAGACUGACUGAAAAGCCAACCAAGUUCAGUCGCACUUGACAAUAGAAAGCUUCAUAUUCUCCAAUGUGGUAAAAAGCAUUUUUUUCCUGCGCAUGUUUACCCACGUUAGGAAUUAACUCCAGCUCCUUCAGGUGACAGGCAAGUGAUGGUGUCUCCCAGCUGCUCUUCUAGACUGAUUUCUUCUUCUGUAAUUUGGCCAACAGGUGGCAGCAAACACACCAAAGCUAUUCUCUAUGAGAUGAACUGAAAGCUACUUGAAACUCACACGAGUUCAUACUGAGAUGAACAUGAUCGUGUCAGUCUCUUUAAGAUACUGACUGUGAGAAACCAUCAAACCUAAGACAGCAUUUGGGGCUUUACUGUAGUUUUGAUCUCAGUGCAGCAGCCUUCAAUCCUCACAUGAGACCAGGCUGUACCAAAAUAAAUCAUGUAGUAGAAUAAAAGUCAAGCACAGUCACUGCAGAGAUCAGCAUCUGUGCAACAACAGUCUCUGCCUUUUAGCAUCAAUCUUUGCAGCAACAUUAUUAUGCUACUGGGAAUAAGAGUGCAUAAAAGUGAUCAUAAAACUCUCCAUGUCUGAGAGUCAGGUUAUAGCUCCCUGACACUGACUACUCUCCUCUCACUCUACAUCUAUUCCUUUCACUCCCUCAUUCCAACCUGAUGAUCAAUCUCACAGAGAUGCCCCAUAUUUAGAGAAAAUUAAGUCUAAGCAGUUAUAGAUAGGUAAAAAUUGAGUAUUAUUUAAUCUGUUUAGACUCUUGCCAAGCGUGUCCCUAUAAGACCAAUCAUAAUAAAGAUAAUAAAGAGGAUUCUGGCUUUUAAAUAAGAGGGUUUAGAGCAGUAGCUCUGCCUUGACUUUUCCAGGUCGUGCAAUUACAUAAGUCUGCGUACAGGACUGCGGUGUCAGAGGGGGAGAGUUGAGCUCAGUCUGUGUUUUGACGCUGAGCCUCAGAGCAGAGAGGAGUCGUCGCUCCGUCAACUACUGGCCUCUCUAAUCUGGAUUAGAGUUUUCGUCCAGUCUGCAACCAGGACUCCAAUAAUCACAUUAUUCUGUGUUGGGUUGACGCCUCCUGAAGAAGAAGAAGAAGCGGAAGAAGGAAGGAGCUGUGUCAAACGGCGCCAACAUCUCUGACGCGUUCACACACACCCCUAAAGAUUAACUGUUUAUUUCGAGGAGUAUCUUUUAAGGAGUUGUGGCCGUUUUGCGUCGAAGACCUGGCUACAAUCUGAGCAAAGUUGACUGAAUAUUUGUUGCCUGCUGUAGGCGGACGGUGCGCAUCUCUGCGUGCAGCACGCGCACCGCACUCUGCAGCAUCCAGACCGAUCACUGCAGCCUGCACUUGAGGCAGGUUUCUGCACAAACCGAUGUCUUAUUCACCACGGACCUCUCCCAACCUCUGCCAGUGAUCUCCGAGGAGCAGCUGGUCAAACAUGGCAGAUUCAUGUGAGUGACUGCGGCAAACACUUCAUCAUCAAGUCUCUGAAUCCGUGCAGUGGAACAGCUGCCCUCGUUUUCGAAUAGGAGACUUGCGAAAUUGUCUACAGCAUUUUCAGCAUCCAACAUGAUAAACCAUCCAAGGAGGAUCCCUCAAGUCCACAUGCUGUUGCAGACUCCUAGUGUUAGCACCAUGCUGCGUGUUUUGGAAGUCCGCUACUCCUACUCCUUCUGGUUGACCACAUCUUCACCUUAGCUCAUGGUUUGACAGCCAGCAUGGAGGAAAGCAAGCUCAUCUUCAGCCUGGACCACCACGAUGAGGGUCCCACCGUGGCCUUCUCCAAAGACAAGCCACAGGCGAAAGAGAGCCGGACCGACCUCAGCCUGGGGAUCGAUUUGGACCUGAGCCAGGGGCACCGCUCCCAGCCCCCCUUCCUGGCUCACUCCCCCUCCUCCCCAGGCUCUUUAGCUGAUCUGUCAGCAUCGUCAGCAGGCCUGCUCGUCACCACCAACUUGGUCAAAUCCUCCUCCACGGACUUGGAGCCAAGGGAGAGCAGCUCUCUGAGAGGCAAACCUCUCCUCAGCCUGGUCAAGUCCCUGAGCACGGAGAUCUCCCGUCGGUUCGAACCGGAGGUCAACCUCUCCAAGUCCGACUCCAAGCUGCAUCUGCAUCCCUGGAAGCAGCUUACUCAGCCAAAGAUCGCUGAAACAAGGCCUGACGCAGGAGGGGUGAAUGAGAGCGACGACUGGGCUUCUCCUCCCUCCGCAGGCAGCAUGUCUCCCACCGAACCCCGGGGCAACUCACUGAUCGCCGAGCUGGAGGACACGCGGAGGAAGUUCUCAGUGGCCAUGCAGGAUCCUCUGAGCAUGCUGAGUAAGAUCAUGGGGGAUGAAAGCUGUGGCAGCCCAAAGCAGGGGAGGGCUUCUGGUGCCGGAGACUCACCAGCCUCCCAAGGGAGCUGCGGAAGAGAGGGGAGUAGUGAAGACUCAGACUUUAAGUGCCGGAGGAGGACUGACAGCGAGCACAGAGGUGUGUGUGACACUCCUCUGAGGAGACUCCAAAAGGGUCCAUUGAUAAAAUCCUCCGUGUCCCCAGAACGCCACUCCCUCAGCAGAGACAGCCAUUUCGAAAUUCGCACCUAUGGAGAUAUGAUUCAAGUGGUGGAGCUCCAGAAUGAAUCUAGAGGGACACAUCACAAAACUUACUCCCAGUCUCGAGGCAUAGUCCCAGGCCCAUCGCUGCCUAUUUACUGGCUCCUCCCCGUGGGUCUUCUAGCUUACGGGUUCUUUGUGCUGCCCCUCCCCUCCUAUCUGACGGGCCUGUCUGUGGGGGUCGCCUGUGGCUUUUUGCUCGGCCUGGUGGUUGUGUUCAUGUUCGCCCCACGACGCUCGAAUACCAGAGGCAAAAGGGGCUCUAGGUUCAAGUCCAACUUGAGUCCGCUGGAUGGAGAGAUCACAGAUCCAGAGAUAUUAGAGGGCUGGAUGAAUGAGACGCACAGCUAUGACCCUGAGACUUUCCACCCCUCCCUCACCCACUCUGUCUACGUCACACUGGAGGGCAGCAGGCUGCACCUGGCGCACCCACGUGCCAACAUCCCCCGGUGGGCGGCGUUUGAUGAGACGCCCCGCGAGGUCGUGUUUUUGCGUUCGCGCGCUUAUCAGCUGGCUAACUGUAAGGUGUCUUUGUUGCCUCCUGGUUUGGCUCGCAAGAGGGUGUGGAACAAGAAGUAUCCCAUCUGCAUCACUCUGGCUGAGGGGGAGGUAGGGGAGGAGAGUGUGGUUGAAGGGCAGGAGGAGGAAGAACGGGCAGAGAAACACGCCAUACUACCAGACCACCAGCUUCCCGUCACCCUCUACCUGUUUGGCCGCACAGGACGAGAGAAGGAGGAGUGGUUCCAGCACUUCCUGUCUGCCUCCAGGGCCGGAGCCAGGACCAGCGUGAGCAGUGAGGAGAACACAGAAACACAAUCCAGCGGAGAUGCAGUUAAAGAAAGCACGGAGGAGCUGCACGACUUGCCAGGAGCCAUGAAAACAAGAACGUUACUGGACUACAGCACCUACAUGACUCAACUGAUUGGCUCAGAGAGUUGGAAUCCCACCCCCAGCCCCUGCCACAGUGAUAAGGGAAGCCCCACAACCCACAAGAAGAUUCACAAUGAAGAGCGUGGCUCUGGAGGUCAAGCUGGAGCUGAGUUUAACGCAGGCCCAGGGGCAGGGGGAUGCUCUGCAGAAGGUCAGCCGACCUGGGUGAACUCCCUCGUGGGAAGGAUCUUCUGGGACUUUCUCCGGGAGAAGUACUGGAGUGAUCAGGUGGCGCACAAGAUCCAGAAGAAACUCAGCAAGAUCAAGUUGCCAUACUUCAUGAAUGAGCUGACUCUGGCUGAUCUGGACAUGGGCACCUGCCUACCUCAAGUCCUUAGCACCUCCAAGCCUACACUGGACCGCAGAGGCCUGUGGCUGGAAAUGGAGUUGAUGUACACAGGCUGCCUUCAGAUGACCCUGGAGACUAAGAUGAACCUGUGUAAGCUUGGUAAAGAGGGAGAGGAUGAGGCUCACAGUGUUCCAGAGACUCAACAAAUGGGCUCUAAGCCCAGGCUGUGUAUUCUGGCUGAUAGCGAUGAAGAGUCAUCCAGUGCAGGCUCGUCUGAUGAAGAGGAAGUCCCUCCAUCUGAGCCCCAAGGACCUGUGGGGGAUAAGAGCACAGUGGCAGCAGCUGAUGGGCACACUGGUGGCAGCACAGGCAGGAAAAUCCUGAGAUUUGUGGACAAGAUUGCAAAGUCUAAAUACUUCCAGAAGGCCACAGAGAACGAGUACAUCAGGAAGAAGAUAGCUGAGGUGUCCAACAUGCCUCUGAUGCUCAGUGUAGAGGUCCUGGAGCUGUCUGGUACCCUGGCCAUCAACAUCCCUCCUCCUCCUACUGACAGGAUAUGGUACAGUUUCCAGGUGCCUCCUAGGUUAGACCUUCACGUGCGUCCUAUGCUCGGGGAGAGGGAAGUCACCUUCACCCAUGUCACCGAGUGGAUUGAGAAAAAACUACAGUGCGAGUUUCCAGGUGAGUCUGUCCGUGAAUCUGUUUGUCCAUGCAGCACGAGAAUUAUGAUAAUAUUCUGUUUGCUGUUCAUACCAGAGUAAGAGAGGUAUGUGAAAUACAGAUGACAGUUUACAGUAAUUUGUAAUUAUUGCUGCUCAACAGAAAGUGUUCGUCAUGCCCAAUAUGGACGAUCUAUAUCUGCCCCUGAUGACAUCUGGCCUGGAGAACCCACCUGCAUCCCACCACUCUUCAGUCCAAUCCACAUCCCAACAGUCCUCAAUGGAGUCCCAGGAGUACAUGUCAGAGUAGUGCACCCUUGAGGCUACAGAUGGGACAUUCCUGGUCCAAAAUAACCAUUGUGCAGCUAUUGCCAUAAAUCUCUAAUGGAUCCUGAGGCUGCUGCAGCUGGGUACUGGCUUGAUGUUUAUCCUGCAUGAGUUUGUUGUAACUAGUGCAGGAUAGAAGCCUACUGAGGGCACACUGAAUGUGGUAUUGAGCUCGAGACUGUGACAAUGGUGCUACAGUGUUCCCUACUGUGAAGAUAAUUGAAAAGUACCUAACACCAGUGAGAGCACAUGAGACCUUUUUAAUGCUGAUGCUGAAGACUGAAAAACUGGAUGUCUUGAUUACACAAAAACAAAGUGUUGUCGAUGGCUACAGUUUAAAAAAAAAAAUUAACAACAAACCAUCCAUCCAUCUAUUUUCUAAUCCGCUGAUCCUGCUAAGGGUUGUGAAAUUAAACAAACCAGAAAUUGAAAAAUUUCUUGUACUUGGUCCUGUUCAACUAAGCCUCCAUGGUACAUGUUGUUUCUGAACAGUGUUGCUGGAAUAUGCUCAUGGAUUUAUCAGUGAACAAUAAAAACCUGUUCAAACAAACACACA